AUGGCUUUCUCUGCACGUUUGUUUAACACAAUAGGUAAAGUUGGUUUGGGAGUAGCUGUCGCUGGUGGUGUAAUUAACUCGAUGCUAUACAAUGUCGAUGGUGGUCAUCGUGCAGUUAUCUUUGAUCGAUUUCAAGGAGUAAAACCUGAUGUUAUUGGAGAAGGUACACAUUUUAUGGUUCCAUGGUUACACAGACCGAUUAUAUUUGAUAUUCGUACAAGACCAAGAUCAGUUCCAUCUAUAACAGGAACAAAAGAUUUGCAAACCGUUAACAUAACAUUACGUAUACUAUAUCGACCAAGAGCUGAAUUUUUACCAAAAAUUUUCUCUACUCUUGGCUUGGAUUACGAAGAACGUGUAUUACCAUCGAUUACAAAUGAAGUUUUGAAAUCCGUUGUAGCUCAGUUUGAUGCUAUUGAAUUAAUCACCCAACGUACGUUGAUAUCACAACGUGUUAGUGAAUUAUUAACCGAACGUGCAUCUCAGUUUGGAUUAUUGUUAGAUGAUAUUUCAAUUACACAUUUAACGUUUGGUCCAGAAUUUACAACUGCUGUGGAAGCUAAACAAGUUUCUCAACAAGACGCAGAAAAACAACGUUUUCUCGUUGAAAAAGCUGAACAAACUCGUCAGGCAAAUGUAAUCGCAGCUGAAGGAGACGCCAAAGCAGCAGAUUUGAUCGGGCGUGCUUUAUUUGAAGCUGGAGAUGGUUUAAUCGAACUCCGUCGAAUUGAGGCUGCCGAAGAUAUUGCAACACAACUAGCCAGAUCAAGAAAUAUCGUCUAUUUACCUCAUGGACCACAAAUGCUCUUAAAUAUCUCUGGCAAUUAG